CUGAAGAGAGUACUCGCCCAUAAAUCUAUUUAUGACUCCUUCAUUACAACCUGACAUAAAUAUUUCUGCCUCCCACUCAUCUUUACAAGUCACGAGGAAGAAACAACAACUCAGAAGCAUUUGAUUUCAGAUCCAAGAAGAAGAUCAUACAUAGCCUCGACAAUCGCAAAUAAAGAGUAAAGAGAAAAACUCGUUGUGGACAUGAUCAGGGAUAUUGAUUCCCUCUUCUCAGUCUCUUCCGUUAUCCGAUUUAUGCAGCAAGAAGAAUCUUGAAGGUGAAGUAAGUAAUCAAGCUUUCUUCUCUUCUCUGUUUCUCAAGCGUAACCUCAAAGAUGGGUCGGUUGCUACUUGAUCCGCAAGCAAACGCACCGGCGGAAUCAAUCCCUAAAACCAGAGGAGGCUUAAACGACACCUACUUCGACACUAACAUGGUCAUCAUUUUAGCUGCUUUGCUCUGUGCUUUAAUCUGUGCUCUAAGCCUCAACUCUGCCUUGCGAUGCAUGCUUCGCAUCACUCGGAGAUUCACUUCGGAUGAUCAAGUCGCAAACGCUUCAAACGCAAACGCAAAUGCAAAUUCAGGGCGUUUAGCGGCUACCACGGGGAUCAAGAAACAGGCGUUAGAGAAAAUCCCAGUGGGACUGUACGGAUCAGGGAACAUUGACAUGAAAGCUACGGAGUGUUUGAUAUGUCUAGGAGAUUUCGUGGAUGGAGAGAAAGUUAGGGUUUUGCCUAAAUGUAACCAUGGCUUCCACGUGAGGUGCAUCGAUACUUGGUUGGUCUCGCGUUCCUCUUGCCCUACUUGCAGACAAUCUCUACUCCUUGAGCAACCUUCGACGAUCGCUGCUUCUCGCCCGGAAGACGCCGUGGUAGUUUCCAUCAUAUAGCUAGGGACAUGCAUGAUAUGGUGAAUUGGUGAUUUCUUAACUAUAUGCGAUCUCUCGAGUGGGAUUAGUUUUUGUUGGUUGGUUACAUAAUUGUUUUUCGUGUGUGCAAACUAAUGUGGUUAAUUUACACAUAUUCUUGUUCUGGUGAAUUUAGUGUGAUGCGGUUUCUUGAAAUCAAUCAAGUCUUUACUAAUUUUUACGUUUU